AUGUCGAGCAAUAUCUUGUCAGUGUUCAAUCCACCACCUACAAGAGAGCUAUCGGAAGAAGAAACUCAGGAUUGUGUUCCUUGCCAAGUCAUGAGUACGGUGUUCAGUUUAGGUUUCGGCAGCUAUUUGGCUAGUGGAAAGCCGUUCGAAUACUCUGAAAAAGAGAGAACAAAAGGAAUAUCAGUAGAAAAAUUCCAGAAACUCAAUCCGAAAUGGUGGAGGACUAGUUUACGAGGUAUGGGAGGUUUAUUAGUGGUCUUUGGCAUAGUAAGAGGUACGGAAAAAUGGCUUUGGAAUAAAAGUGAUCGGAACGACCAAUGA